AUGAAAGAGGAGUACGUAAAAGGAACUCAAUGGACUGCUAAAUAUCUUCUCUACCUUUUUAAACCCCAAAACCAUAAACUCAAGGGACUGCUGCUUAACUAUUUGAUUCUGCUCCUUUUAACAUUCUCUUUUUGCUCUUGUUCUACUGAUACCAUAUCUAUUCACAAACCUAUAACAGAUGGGGAGCUUCUCAUUUCUAAAUCUAAAACGUUUGCACUUGGAUUCUUCACUCCUGGAAACUCCACGUCCCGCUAUGUUGGAAUUUGGUACUACAAUUUGCCAAUCCAAACUGUUGUUUGGGUUGCAAACAGAGAUACUCCAAUCAAUGAUACUUCUGGAAUCCUAUCAAUCGACCCGAGUGGAAAUCUAGUACUCCACCGCAUCCUUAGCACCAUUCCUAUUUGGUCUACCAAUGUUUCGUUACCACAAUCACUAACAAAUAACAACACUGUUGUUAUAGCUCAACUAUCGGAUAUAGCAAACUUUGUUCUCAUGCUAAACAACACCAAAGCUGUCAUCUGGGAAAGCUUUAGUUAUCCCACAGACACCAUGCUUCCAUAUCUAAAGGUUGGUUUUGAUAGAAAAGCUAAUCAAAGCUGGUUCCUUCAAUCAUGGAAGACAGAUGAGGACCCUGGAAAAGGUGCAUUCACGGUGAAAUUCAGCACCAUUGGUAAGCCUCAGUUUUUUAUGUACAACCAUGAUCUUCCUUGGUGGCGUGGUGGACCCUGGAAUGGAGCACUAUUAGCAGGUAUACCUAAUGCAAAACGAGCUAGGACCAUUUAUAAUGUUUCUUUUGUUGGAGAUGACAACUCUGUAGCAAUUUCAUUUAACAUGAUAGAUAAGUCUGCCCUUACUAGAACAAUCGUUCAACCGUCUGGUUUCAUUCAAACACUCACAUGGGACAAUCAAAAGAGUCAAUGGAACCAGUUCUUUACAGAACCAACAAACCAAUGUGAUAACUAUGGAACAUGUGGAUCAAACAGUAAUUGUGACCCUUUGAACUUUGAAGAUUUUAAGUGUUCUUGUUUACCUGGUUUUGAACCCAAAUUUCCACAUGAUUGGUAUCAGAAUGGAGAUGGGUCAGCAGGGUGUGUAAGGAAGAAAGGUGCAUCUGUUUGUGGGAAUGGAGAAGGGUUUGUCAAAGUUGUAAGCUUGAAAGUUCCUGAUACAUCUGUGACAUUUGACAAAGGUGGUUUGAAUUUGGAAGAAUGUGAGAAAGAAUGCUUGAGAAACUGCUCUUGUACUGCCUAUGCAACUGCUAAUGUGAGGAAUGGUGGAAGUGGAUGUUUGGCAUGGCAUGGGGAUUUAAUGGACAUUCAAAAACUAAGUGAUCAAGGCCAAGAUUUAUUUUUACGCGUCGAUAAAGUUGAACUAGCAAAUUACCACAAAAGCGAGAAAGGACGCCUUGAUAAAAAGAGAUUGUUGGCUGCAAUUCUGAUAGCUUCUAUUGUUGCAAUUGUCCUCCUCCUCUCCUGUGUGUAUUUCAUGAGAAAGAAAAAAAGAAAUGAAAAAGUGAUGCAGCAAUUAAACCAAGAUUCCUCUGGAGAAGAGAACGGUCCUCAAAGCAACACACGUCCAAAUCUACCCUUUUUCAGCUUCAGAAUGAUAACAGCGGCUACAAGCAAUUUUAGUAAUGAGAAUAAGCUAGGACAAGGUGGAUUUGGUUCUGUCUAUAAGGGUGUCUUAGUUAAUGGACAAGAGAUAGCAGUGAAAAGAUUGUCAAAAGAUUCAGGUCAAGGCAAAAAAGAGUUUAAAAAUGAAGUUACACUUUUAGUAAAACUUCAACACAGGAAUCUAGUGAGGUUGCUUGGUUGUUGCUUUGAGAAACAAGAAAGAAUGCUGGUUUAUGAAUACCUACCAAACAAAAGCCUAGACUUCUUUAUAUUUGAUCAAACCCAAAGGUCAUCAUUGGAUUGGGAUUUUGGUAUGGCUAGAAUAUUUGAAGAUGAAAUUCAAGCAAGGACAAAAAGAGUGGUCGGAACAUAUGGAUAUAUGGCCCCAGAAUAUGCAAUGGAAGGACUAUAUUCAACAAAAUCUGAUGUCUUCAGUUAUGGGAUCUUACUAUUAGAAAUUAUUGCUGGAAAAAGAAACUCACAUCGUGAAAAAGAAAGAUCCUCCCCAAAUUUAAUUGGACAUGUGUGGACACUAUGGACAGAGGGAAGUGCCUUGGAUAUAGUUGAUCCAGCACUAAACCAGUUUUAUCCUUCUGAUAUAGUUCUGAAAUGCAUUAAAAUUGGACUCUUGUGUGCGCAAGAAAAUGCCAUGAAUAGACCAUCAAUGUUGGAAGUUGUUUUCAUGUUAUCCAAUGAAACUCCUCUUUCCCCACCUCAAAAACCAGCUUUUUUAUUCAAUGGAAACCAAGAUUUGCAAGAAUCUUCAACAUCAGGAGGAGGUUCUUCAAUAAAUGGAUUAACGGAAACUACCAUCAGCGCUCGUUAA